AUUUAAAACAAGACAAGUUACAAGAAACAUUGAAAGAACUGAAAAAAAGUGCUAGAAAAUUUGAAUAAAAAAAAAAGACAAUUUUCUUUUAAUUAUAACUUUAUGAUAUUAAUAAAAACUAAACAAAACGGAUUUAUUAACGUGUACAACGUGUUUAAACGUUAUAGAAGAAGAAGAAAUUAUGACUACUUGUGUCCAUUAUAUUUAUGUACUUUUAAUAACAACAAUAUUACCAAUGGUGAUCGUAGCAAGCAAUUCACAACUACUGCCGUUAAGAAAAGGAGGCGGCGGCAUUGCAGGAAGAGCAGGUGGUGGUUUGCGUAUACAAGGAUUAGCAGCCAUCGCCAAUCAACAACGUUUAGCUUAUGGUUUUUUGGAAAAUCGUAUAGCUUCACUGGAAACACAACAAACUUUGUGGAGUAAAAAGUUUUUGGCCAAGCGUGAAGCAGAACCUCACUCAGCACCCUAUGUGGUGUCUAUACAACUAAUGACUCCCGAGGAGGGUCUAGUGCACUAUUGUGCGGGUACUGUUAUAAAUGAACAUUGGAUUUUAACUGCAGCCCAUUGUCUAACCAAUCCUCAAAUGGUGGCUAAUUCGGUAAUAGUGGCCGGUUGUCAUGACAUUCAUUCACGCAGUGAAUCUCAUAAUGUACAACUACGUCAUAUAGACUAUUAUGUGCGGCAUGAAUUAUAUCUGGGUGGUGUUAAUCCUUAUGAUAUUGCUCUUAUCUAUACCAAAGAACCCUUGGUAUUUGAUCAGUAUGUACAGCCGGUAAAUUUACCCCAACAAGAUGUCGUACCCGAAGGUUAUGGUACUCUUUAUGGUUGGGGUAAUGUUUCAAUGACUAUAGUUCCUAAAUUUCCUCAUAAAUUACAACAGGCUAAUAUGCCCAUUUUAGAUUUGGAAUUAUGUGAAGAAGUAUUGGCUGCUUCGGGUAUGCAAUUGCAUGAAACAAAUUUAUGUACUGGUCCCUUAACAGGAGGUGUUAGUAUAUGUACAGCAGAUUCUGGAGGUCCUUUAAUACAGACGGAAUAUGAUAUGUAUGGUCGUGAACAACAGACUAUUAUUGGUAUAGUAUCCUGGGGUAAAAUGCCCUGUGGACAAAAAAAUGCUCCCUCAGUAUUUGUUAGGGUAUCAGCUUUUACCCAGUGGAUACAACAAAUCAUCUCUACAGCAACUCAAUUUGAAUAAAAGUGAAAAUUAAUAAAAAA